AUGGAUAAUAGUAAAAAGGUUGCAAAACACCAAGGCAUUGUUCUAUUCUACAAAUACUUUCUAGCGCCGUUACCACAACUCAAUGCUACCGAUGUUGAAAAGACUGAGUCAACGCUUCAACAGUUGUGUUAUGAAUCCUCAUUGAAGGGAAGAAUACUCCUCGCUAAGGAAGGAAUCAAUGGCACACUUUCAGGGCCAGAUACAGGCACUCUUCAAGCAUUUUGUGCAAGACUGGAAGAGGCAGAACCGCUGCUACAUGAUAUUGAUUGGAAGUUUUCAGACAACGCGUCUGAGAAAGAGCCGUUCCCCGAUCUGAAGAUUGCGAUUGUAAGGGAAAUUGUUAGCACCGGAAACACAAUUACUUUGGAUGACAUACCACAAUAUGGCGGAAACCAUUUGACUCCAGAGGAAUUCCACAUUGCAUUGAAAGGAGAUGGAGAGAAGCAAACUGUUGUCAUUGAUGUUCGAAAUACCUUUGAAUACAACAUUGGCCAUUUCGUUCCACCAGAAGCGUCAUUCGAAGAAACACUUGUCUUGAAUCCUGAAAUGGUGACAUUUGCUUCGUUCAAUGGAUUUUGCGACAAGAAUGCCGAAUAUUUGAAAGAUAAGAAGGUCUUGAUGUAUUGUACUGGAGGAAUCCGUUGUGAAAAGGCGAGCGCCAUGUUGACCAAAAGGGGAGUGGAAGAUGUCAAUCAACUGCAAGGGGGUAUCCACAGAUAUGUUGAACAGUUUGGCGACCAUGGUUACUUCCAAGGGAAGAACUUUGUUUUCGAUCAACGUGUUGCACUUGAUGCAUCUGAUAACAAACAGAUUGUCGGGCAGUGCAUAUACUGCAAGACAAAGUUCGAUAAGAUAAGUGGGAAUCGGAUCUGUACAGUGUGUCGGGAUCUUGUGUUGGUUUGCGAUGAGUGUCAAAAGACCCACCGUGAAUAUCAUUGCAAGCUCCAUCUUGAUUGGAAGGAUUGUUACUUCACCUUUCUGGAAGUCUAUGCCAGUGAUGAAUUGAAGAAACAACUGAGUGGCUUGAAGGUACUUGCAGAAAGUGACCUGAGUCGUAAUACAAAGCGUACGCUUCGAAAGCAAAUAUCUAAGCUAGAGCAACGUAUGAAAGACCUGGAGAAUGGAUCAGCACAAAUAGAUAGAGAUGCUCAUCGCCGCUGUCGCACAUGCAGAGAGCCAGAUUUGAUUUGCGAUGGUCUAUGUUGGGGUUUUUGGAAAGCACAUUCUAGUACAUACGCGGAAAUAUCGGGAACCAAAAGUGAUGGGUCUCUUCCAACAAUACAGAUUGGGCAAAAGGUAAAACCUGGUCCUGAUUGGAAUCCUAUUCGACUAGGAGCUCCAAAACGCUACAAAUCUGGGAUUGUGAUCCAAGUUAAAUCAUGGAGCGGGGAAGCACAGAAUUGUGUUGUGGUCGUAUGGGAUGAUGAAGCUUGUAGUGACAGAGAUGACAAUGAGGACAGUUGUCGUGGCGUCGAAAUAGCAAGAAGUCGGGCAAAUGCACAGAUAUAUAGAUUUGGUGUCAUGGCCAAGGACGGAAAACCAAAGUAUGAUGUUGUGGUUGAUAAUGGAAUGUAA